AGGCACCAAGUUCGAACACAGGAAGCGGAAAGUCUGCCGAGUUGGUUCGGCACCUCAGUGAAAAGUAGCCAUGCGCGUCUUGGAGGAGACAGGGCCUGAGGCCACAGCGACCCCCUGCGGGUGCGUGAAGCCGGCUUUGGAAACAGGGAAUCUUUUAACUGAGCCAGUUGGCUACUUGGAAUCCUGUUUCUCAGCCAAGAAUGGUACUCCAAGGCAGCCAUCUGUUUGUAGCCAUUCGCGAGCUUGUUUGAGAAUUCGGAAGAGCAUCUUUAAUAAUCCUGAGCAUUCCUUGAUGGGCUUAGAACAGUUUUCUCAUGUUUGGAUUUUGUUUGUUUUUCACAAAAAUGGUCAUUUGAGCUGUAAGGCAAAAGUGCAGCCUCCUAGGCUGAAUGGCGCAAAGACUGGAGUUUUCUCCACAAGGAGCCCUCAUCGUCCCAAUGCAAUAGGAUUGACUCUGGCCAAGCUGGAAAAGGUAGAAGGUGGAGCCAUAUACCUUUCUGGAAUUGACAUGAUUCAUGGCACACCUGUCCUAGACAUAAAGCCCUACAUAGCUGAAUAUGACUCACCACAAAAUUUGAUUGAACGUUUACAGGACUUUAAUUUACAGAAUAACCAAUAUAAGCAUCCAAACACGCUCCAGUCUGGUGGCAAGACUGACAGCUGUGACCAGCAACAGCUCUCAAGGUAUGAUAAACCACAACACUGUGGUCACACUGAGGAGAAACUUAAAUGUGCCGAAGACAGAACUUCAGGAGAAAACUAUAUGAAACGUGACAGCUCAACACAAAUCCGGCGAAACUCCCCUAAGCACAGGGAGAUAGUGGGGGAUUUGGGUGUCAAAUCCAGAAGUGAUCAGAGUCCAAGUGUGGCAGAAGAGCAAAUCGGCCCAUAUUUCCUGGAGAAGAGCUUCUCAGAGGAAGGUACAGAAAGGAGGCAAAGGAGAGGGAAAGAAGCAGUGAUUUCACAAGGAAGUAGUACAGAGGUCCAGCCUGUGGUUCUUCACGGCCGUCCCAGGAGGGCUGAUGCAGCCCACUGCAGCGUGGUCCCCGCGUGGGUGAGAGAGGCCCCUGUGGCCACCUUGGAAGUGCGGUUUACUCCUCACGCAGAGAUGGAUCUUGAGCACCUCAGUUCAGGAGGUGUACCAGAUGGCAGUCAGUCUUCAUUUAAAUAUUUUCAAUCAGCAGAGGAAGCAAGGCACGCCAUUGAGGCUGUGUUGUCAGCUGACCCUCGGUCUGUAUAUCGACGGAAGCUCUGCCAGGAUCGCCUUUUCUACUUUACUGUAGACAUAGCGCAUGUCACUUGCUGGUUUGGUGAUGGCUUUGCAGAGGUUCUAAGGAUCAAGCCAGCUUCGGAGCCUAUUCAAAUGACUGACCCUACAGAAUCCUUGGUGUCUCUGGGAUCGUAAGUAGCCUCUAUCGUGUGUUUUAAACAGCCUAAUUGACUUUGGAUGGGGCUGUUCGAUUAUCUGUAUAAGCUAACGAUGUGCCGCCUUUGCAAAAAGAAGCAACACUUUGUGAUCUCAUUGCUUUGAUUGAUUUGGGUUGUUCAAAAUAUUUAUUUGAAAAACCUAUAUUUUAAUAAAGUGAGAGAUGUAAAAUUUAGA